CAGCGUGCUGUGUGAUUGGACGGUCUCUCCAGUCGUUACCAGGGGCGUGGAUCCAAGCGAGCUCAAUGGGAAACACAUUUGUGUGCCUCGCCGUUGUAUUAACCUAAUGGGCAGAGGCGAUGACAAGCGAAAACAGUUGUCCGCGUGAAUUAAUUGGCGGUGGGGUGGCAGGGAAACUAAAAUUUCCUGUGUCGUAAAGCGGCCCGGCUGGUGUGUAACUACACGCUCCGCAUACAGCAGCAGCAACCGUGGAGAGAGACUCUCGGCAUCGUUAGCUGCUGUAUCUGCAACCGAGGAGAGGGAUGCGAGCACUUGAAAGGAGAUAAAUACAACGUAUGUUUUUUUUCCACGUCAAUAUGAGGUAACUUAUGUGUUCACUUAGCAGAGGCUGAGGUGUAUUUGAAUUUGUUUGCGGUCGCUUUGGUCGCUUUUGUGUGUGUGAAUGGGGGUACUAUGCAGAUAGGGCGUUUUAAAGUCCACCUUCGGCUAACGUUAGCGAGGUUCUUCCAACACUGGACCUGUCGUGUAUCGCUAGCGUGAGUUUAGCCGAGGUUGUUUCGUGGGUUUUGUUCGCUUUUUGAGCCAAGCUCUUGAUAUCGGAUGAAAUCUCGUCUGUCAUCCAUCCCACUGUUGUCAGGGGCCUCUGCUGGCAAACUGCGUCACCGAGUGGGCGCUGCAGGUACUCAUCUCUGAAUCUGCAUGUUGGGAAGUCUAGCCAUGGCACGAAUGACCUGGAAACCAAAGUGACUGAACUUUUAAUUCACCAUGGAGCCGGAGGCUAAUCCAAACUCCGAUCCCCACCAAGGACUGAAAUACCCAUCUGUACCCAACUCUCAGUGUGAACUGGCCACGAAUAUGUAUGAGGCCAUGGGUGAUGGGAGUGUCAAUCAUGUGGACUCAGUAGUGAGAGGUGGGAGUGACCCCAGUGCAUAUCCUGUCUCCAGCUACCAUAGGAGUGUGCACCAGAGAUUCAUCAGGAGAAGUCUGUGGUUCUCGGACGCAGAGGAGCAGGCAUUUGAGGCACCUGAGUGUGAUAACCGGAAUAAGAUCCUGAACAUAAACCUGCGGACAAUAGUGGACAGGACUCGGGGGACUAGCUGUGGGAUACAGGGGGGCUCCAGCACUGAAAGUCAAGGUGGACAAAAAGACAGUGCAACAGAGAGUGCCAGUGCAGACGAGGAGAAGGAGAAAGGAGGAGGAGGAGAUGCGAUAAAUCUUACAUGCAGUGAUGGUGGGAAAGCAGCUAUCAAGGCAGCCAGUGAGGAGAACGAGGAGGAGGCAGAGAUGAAAGCUGUCUCCACAUCACCGGGAGGAAGAUUCCUCAAAUUUGACAUAGAGCUGGGGAGAGGGUCCUUCAAGACAGUCUACAAGGGCCUGGAUACUGAGACCUGGGUGGAGGUUGCCUGGUGUGAGUUGCAGGAUCGCAAGCUGUCAAAGGUGGAACGUCAGCGCUUUAAGGAGGAGGCAGAGAUGCUGAAGGGUCUUCAACAUCCCAACAUUGUCCGGUUCUACGACUUUUGGGAGUCGCCCCUUAAAGGAAAGAAGUGCAUUGUUUUAGUAACGGAGCUCAUGACAUCAGGAACGCUAAAAACAUACCUAAAGCGUUUCAAAGUAAUGAAGCCAAAGGUGUUGCGGAGCUGGUGCAGACAGAUCCUGAAAGGCCUUCACUUUCUCCACACCAGGACCCCUCCCAUCAUCCACAGGGACCUCAAAUGUGAUAACAUUUUUAUCACUGGACCUACAGGCUCAGUCAAAAUAGGGGAUUUAGGACUGGCAACGCUCAAGGCGGCUUCCUUUGCCAAGAGCGUCAUAGGCACCCCAGAGUUCAUGGCUCCAGAGAUGUAUGAGGAGCACUAUGAUGAGGCUGUGGACGUCUACGCCUUUGGCAUGUGUAUGCUAGAGAUGGCCACCUCAGAAUACCCCUACUCCGAGUGUCAGAAUGCUGCUCAGAUAUACCGCAAAGUCACAAGCGGAGUGAAGCCAGCCAGCUACAACAAGGUCAUGGAUCCUGAAAUCAAGGAGAUUAUUGGGGAGUGUAUCUGCCAAAAGAAAGAGGAGCGGUACACCAUCAAGGACCUGUUGAACCAUGCUUUCUUUGCUGAGGACACAGGCGUAAGGGUGGAGCUAGCUGAGGAGGACGAUGGGAAAAAGGACUCCAUCGCCCUGAAACUGUGGGUGGAGGACCACAAGAAGUUAAAAGGGAAGUACAAGGAGAGUGGAGCCAUCGAGUUCACAUUUGACCUGGAAAAGGAGGUCCCUGAGGUCGUGGCACAGGAGAUGGUGGAGUCUGGCUUCUUCCACGAGAGCGAUGCUAAGACUGUGGGAAAGUCGAUCAGGGACCGCGUGGCACUGAUCAAGUGGAGGAGAGAGAGAACAGUGUCUGCUGCAGUUCCAGUGGAACAAGGUGAAGGGGGGAACAGGGUCCAGAUGACACCAUCUCAGGGCGUCUCCGCUGGGGUUGCACAUGUAGGACAGCCCUCACAGGAACCAGAAGAGAUAGAGGCAGACCAGCACGGCAAGCUGCGUAACCUACCAGCCAGUGCCACCUCAGUUACAUCAGACAGCACACUUGAUAGUGGUAUGGGCUCCACUGUGUACUCAGACUCCCACAGCAGCCAGCAGAGUGUCCUCUACCAGUCCCUGCUGGAGCCUAUUACUAUGGCAACACAGCAGUACCAGAGCAGUGGCCCAUUUCUGACAGAUCGACCUCACUCCUGUGAAAAGGUUGAAGUACAGGGGGCAACACUGAGCCCAGACCUCAGGACUCGUUUGGGAGCUGCAACCCGGAGAGGAAGUGCCCCUGUUAUUGACACUCGCAGGGCAAACCACAUCGCUCAACUCCAUGCUCUCAUACAGUCGCAGAGAUCAAUCAGUCCCACCCCCACAGUACCAGAGAACCUGUUGGAACUCGACCCCCCUGAGCCUCACCCAGAGACUACGGAUGAAUUCCCCUCCCAGAGUGCUCUGCCAGUACUGCAGGUCAUCCCCGUCUCGCCCUCUGAGUACCGCCGCUUCAGUGACACAGUCAUCAGACCGUCACCAGAGGCCAGCAGUGAAAACUUAACGCUGCCUGUGCCAAGUGGACGCAGACACUCUGACCUUAGUAGCCUUUUGAGUCUGACCUCCCAUCAUAACCCACAUUUUGCAAUGCAUAGGGGCCACGUGUGCCAGGCCUGCCUCUCUUUGUUAAAUCUAAGGUCACGGGAAGGGUGUUGCCGCCGUUCUUCCGUUGCCAUGCCAACAUACCACUGUCCAUGUGACUUUAGACAAAACCUGUCCCCUGGCGGAACAAUGACCACCUCUGGUUAUGGACGGCAGAAAGGUUUGAGUGAUUGUUCCGAUUUCUCGCUGCUGCAGCAGUCCCUGUUUAAUAUAAUCAGCCGCAAAGCACCCCCUUGUCACACCACGCCCACCCAAGCCUCCCUGCUGCACUCCUCCGCUGCCCACGGGCCUGCCUGCAGCGAUGGAGAUGGCAGCCUGAAGAGUCAUCUCCUGAGUGGAAGUUUGGUUGGGGACCAAGAGCCCCUCCAGGACUGCGAGGACAGAUUGUGUGCCAGAGAGCAGCAAGUUACCAGAGCUGUGGGAGUGGCCAGUUCAGCAGGUCACCAGAAUCUACCAUCUGUACAGGGCCUGCCUUCCUCCAGCACAGCAGUGCACACACCGCUGCAGUACCACCAGCCUGGACACAGUUACCCUGCUACUCCAUAUGCUGGCCAACACGGUGCUGCAACACCAGCUCCAGCUAGUUUAUGCUCAGUCAACAUCCAGCAUACAGUCAGUGCUGGUAGCUACACACCUCCAAGUGUGCAACAGACCCCAACUGCAGCAAAUAUUUCAGCAUCAGCUGUACCACAACAUGUUGCACAGAGCUACCAAGCACCAGCAGCAAGCUCUUUGACUUUUCCUGUGAAAGUCCAACAGUCUUGUCAGAGCUUUGUGGCCCAAGCUCAACAACAGGCUCACUCUGCACCAGGAUAUCCUACUCCAGUCCAGCAACAGACUGCUGCAGCAGCAGCCAGCCUGCCAGCUCAGCAGCCAGCACAAAGCUACCCUCUUGCAUCUGUAGCCCCAACCAUGGCAGCCACGGCCCUGUGUCAUCCUGCGCAAGCUCCCAGUGCACUGCAACACGUCCAAGCCGCAGUCAAACUGCCAAGUCAGCAGCCUGGUCAGAGCUCCUCCACACCAGCACUUUAUAGCCAGCAGAUACCCAUUCAGCAAGAGCACCAACUGAAUACUCAAUCCAAUAUACAUCUAACGCAACAUGCUGGGCAGGCUUUUAUGCAGCCUCAACUUCAGCCUAGCCAAGAAACUUUGCAUACCAUACACCAACAAACGGCACAACAGCCCACCCACCUUCCUCAAAGUCUUCAGCCUACUGGUCAGCAGCAAGUACACACCCCACCUUUACAGAAGCACAGCCAGACAGCCAUUCCACAACAGAGCCAGGAUGUGUCCCAGUCUACAGUCCAACAGGUUCAGGCCCCGGCCUCUCAACCUCAUCCGACAGCACCCCCAGUUGUGCAGGUUGCAGCCGCACAGCAGAGCUACCCUGCUGCAGGUCUACCUGAUGCUGCCUCUCAGAGCUAUGCACAUCCUGCCCUCAACGCACUUCAGCAACAGACUGCUCCAACUCAGAGCCAGUACCUGUCUGCACAGUCUACUGCUGCUCCACAGACCUACGGAGGACAACAGUUUCAACCCUAUCUUUGCAUCGCUGCUUUCCUGAACCAGAAUAUUCCUGCUGGUCCUAGCAUUUCACAGCUCGGACAAGACGGACAAGGCCACGGGCAGAAUCUCAGCCAGUCAGCUUCAAGUGUGCCAGCCCAGGCACUGCCUCCUCAACAGUCAUUGGCUCAGGCUGCUGUCCACCAACAACUCCAGCCUCUGCAGAUUUCAAACUCCCUACCACCAACACAUUCAUCCCAGUUUCCUUCACAGUAUCCCACAAUCCAGGUGAUGACAGCUGUGACUGACUGUGAAUCCUCCUACCCUCACUCCUGCACUGCCCCUCACCCUUCAGCCCCCUCUUCUCUUAAUCACAUCUUCCUUUCUCCUGGUCAGACUCUCCCCGUGACCCCCUCUGUCUCCCCUGUUUCUCCUCUGCAUAUUGAAAACACGUUAGUUUCACCCGUCCCGGUGUCCCACAUACCCUCCCCCUCUCCCGUGCUGGGUAAAGCGGGACCCACGUCCCCACAGCACCAGCCCAGCGUUAGAUCUGAAGUUUCUCAUUCACAACCUGCAUUUAUAUCAGCACCAGCCACCCACCCCAUACACACACACACUGCCCCGUGCCAGAGCACACACCCUCCCACAAAUGGCAGCACUCAGCCUCUGAUACAGCAGGUUCCCCAGCAGGUUCCCCAGCAGGCCCAGGUCAGCCUCCCUGAGCUUGCACCCUCUGCUCAACCAGUCCAGCCUGCUCCACUCACCCAAGCUGCAGUCUUCUCCUCACCUUUGCACAAUGGGUCAGACCCGGGCGCAGCUACCACUGCUGCCCAGCUGGACAACAAGAAUGUAUGCCAGCUGGCCCUGCAGGCCCAGAGUCAGGUUCAGAGCCAGAUUCCCAUGCUGCAGCCCUCUGACUCUCAGAGAGUGUCAUCUGGGGCUGCCAGUUCCAGUCUGACUCAGCAGAAACAGCUCAGUAGUCUCACCGGAGCUGCAGGUCAGGGUCCAACAGAGACCAACACGGAGGAUCAGGCUGCAGAGAAACACAGUGGAGGACAGAGCUAUGACAGUGUCAACUCUGAUGCCACGUCAGGCAAGGAGAUGAGUGAUGGUUAUGAGGGGACACAUGGAGGUAAAGGCGAAGGGAAAGUCCGCAAACACCACCGCAGGUCCACACGCACUCGCUCUCGGCAAGAGAAGAUUAACAGGCCAAAGCUCAACAUGCUCAAUGUGUGCAACACUGGCGAUAAGAUGGUAGAGUGUCAACUGGAAACUCACAACCACAAAAUGGUCACUUUCAAGUUUGACCUGGAUGGAGAUGCACCGGAAGAGAUCGCAACAUACAUGGUGGAGAACGAUUUCAUUCUGCCGUUAGAAAAAGAAGUAUUCAUUGAGCAGCUGAAGGACAUCGUGGACAAAGCUGAGGACAUGCUCAGUGAGGACACGGAGGGCGAGAGGAACUCUGGCCAGGGAGGCAGCCCCAAACAGAGCGAUGGAGCUGGCGCUCUGGGACCAGAGGGAUUGAAGGCUUCCACGCCCAGCACACCACAGCUGGUGUACCAGCAAAAUGUCCUCCACACUGGAAAGCGCUGGUUUAUCAUCUGCCCUGUGGCUGAGACGCCUGAGAAAGACAAGACUACAUCUCACACCUCUACAGCCCAGGAAUCUGAAAAGGCUGCCUCAUCAUCAGUGAGGCCCGGCAGCAACACGACUGCAGGGGCUACCCCAGUUGCGUCGUUAUCCUCCCAAAGCCCGUCCUCCUCCCCUCUGCCCCCUGCAGCUCAGACCACAGUGCAAUCUCAAGACCAAAACACAGACAUAACACGGAUCCAGCAGCCUCAGCCCUGUGUUACUAAACAUGCCCGUACUGCUGCUGGUGCCAGCCAUCACAACGCCCUUCCCGUGGAAGAGCCUUGCAUCUCUGCUGUCUCUAUGGUAACGGACAUUCCGUGCUGUGCUAUUGUGCCACCUGUCUCUCUGGAUGUGAAUGCUAUAGAUAAAGGAGCAGUUAGUGGUUUGACCUCCUCCCAAACAAAAACCCAGACCAAUCAGAAGGCCAGUCCUACUGGAGAGCUACCCCCUCAGCUGGCUUCCCAUCAGUCUGUGGUCCUGCAGCAGCCCUACGCCACACCCAUGCAGCCAGGGACAGUCACCUCCCAGCCCCAGAGCCCAGGACAUCAGACCCCACAGAGCUCCCAGUCGUCAAGCCACCAGCAGCCGGUGAGUGGGGGGCCAGGAGAGUCGGACAGCGAGGGACCACGCAGGGUGGAGUUUGCAGACCGCACCAUCAAGACUUUGGAUGAGAAGCUGAGAAACUUGUUGUACCAGGAGCAUGCUCCAUCGCAGACCUCCAGCACUGCUAGUGACCCCCAGGCCUCCGGUACAGAGGGCGUCAGCUCGCCUCCAGUCUCAGAUGGCUCGACUACAGAGGGAGCACUUACGAAAAAGAAAGGAGAGCUGCUGCCUCAGAUUCCUGAGCGCACAGAUAGUGUGGGUGCACUAAGUGACUCUGCAGUGGCAGCCACUAGCAGGGUUUUGAACAGAAGAGAUGUGACCGCUGGCUCCAGCUCAUACAGCUCCAAAAGCCGCUUUCAAAUCAUCCCCACUCCACCGGAUGUCAUAUGUCGUUUAGAAAAAAGAAAGAUGAGUUGCAGCACCGGCAGCUCCCCAGCGCCCUCUAGUGGCUCCGGAGGGUCUCACAGCCAGACGCAGGGCUCAAGCAGUAAAGAAAAGGACUCCAUAGCUGUGGGCAGGUUCUCUGUGACAGCUGCAGCUGAUCAUGAGACCGCAGAAACAUCGAAACCCCACAGCAGUAACCGUUACUCUGCCCCGCCAAACUUCUACCACGCCACCCCCACUACCAGCCCCGACGUCACCCCCAGCCACAUCCCCCGCGCCCAGACCAUCGACACUCCAACCCAUCACCACUACCACCACUCUUCUCACCUUUACUCUGACUCAGCAGAUGAAGACAGCAGCAGCAUAGCCCUUCCUCCGGCCCACCCCGCUCCCCCAGCUCAUGCGCUGUCUGAGCACAGUGGGAGCGACCUCAUGAAGAGGGCAGUGGCCUUCCUGCGGCGCUCUGGUAGGAGCAAAAGUGAGCAGAGCUCUGACUCACCGAGCCGACAGCCCGUCGCAAUGAAUGGUCACGCUCCCUCGCCUUCUGCAGGACAUGCGCACUCAUCCUACAUCAGCAGUGACAAUGACUCCGAGUUUGAGGAUGCAGAUAUGAAGAAAGAACUGCAGAAGCUGAGAGAAAAACACAUGAAGGAGAUCUCUGAGCUGCAGGCGUUCCAGAGGAAUGAGAUUGAGCGGCUGUACACGGAGCUGGGCAAAACGCUACCCCCCAAUGUCGGCCUGCUCCACGCUGCACCCCCAAGUGGCCGCAGGCGCAGGGCCAGCAAACACAAGCUAAAGGCUGGAAAACUGCUCAAUCCAAUGGUGCAGCAGCUCAAAAACAAUCUUAACACCUCCACAGAGAGGAAAGGUGAGAGUGCUGCCAGUUCAUCCAGCUCCCCGGCAAAAAGUUCAGUUCUGUCAGAUGGCUCUGCUCACUCCAGUGGCAGCUGUAGCUCCAGCAAUAAGUCCAGCGCAGCCCCAGAGCAGGUCCACACGCAGCAGCCCUGUUCCUUGAAGGGCUCUUUCUCCUCAGACAACAUCUACGCUGGGCUACAUGGUGAUGGAACAGCCAACCAAGCUGGCCCUGGCCAAGGCUGGACGGUUUACCACCAAACUUCAGAGAGAGUCACCUAUAAAUCUAGUAGCAAACCACGCACUAGAUUCCUCAGUGGACCUGUGUCUCUGUCCAUCUGGUCCACUCUGAAACGACUAUGUCUAGGCAAAGAGCGCAGUAGUAGGUCUUCUCUCAACACCACCACAACUCAGACAGCUUCCGGUCAACCACAGCCGGCACUCACCACAGCCACGCCCUCACCGUCUCCCCAGCCAAUCACACGGCUCGCUCAGGUCCAGACCAACAACAGCAACAACAAGAGAGGCACGUUCACCGACGAUCUUCACAAGCUGGUAGACGACUGGGCGAAGGAGACUGUUGCGGCAGCCAAUCAGCCACGCCCCUCCCUCAACCAGAUCAAACAGCAGAGACGCCAGCAGGACCUGGAGGGCAAAGCGCCACCCAUGGGAGCAGCUACACAUGAGAUGAAAUGCCAUGUCGCUCCCCACAAGUUCCAGCUGCCUCUCUCCUGCCCCCUGACUGCUGCUUUAGGCCCUGGUAUGCCCCCAGCUCUAGCUCCCAACUCCUCAGCAGUGCUCUCUCCUGGGUACCUUUUGCCAGCGGGCUCCUACGGCGGGAUGGUUCCUGGUCCUCUUUACCCCCAGCAGUGGCCUGGCAUGCCUAGUCCUGUAGGCUCCGUGGGUCCUGUAGGCGUGCUUGGUGCUGCGAGAGUGAUGCCCUACGCUGCAAUGGCAAACCCAGGGAUCCAAGCCUACCCUCUGGUCAUGCACGACCCAGAGAACAGCCCCUGUCCCAAAACCACUAGGACUACCUAACCUGCUAACUCAUGUUUGUUAGUAUGUGUUGGCACAGUAGUCCAACUCCACUCUGUUCUGGUUCACCAGAGCCUCACAUGUACAUAACCUGAUGUUGUAAAUAACAUGACGCAAGUGUUGAUAUUCUUUAUACAACACCUAUAUCUGUAGUUAAUUUGUGUGUGUGUGCGUGUGUGUACGUAUGUGUGUAUUCUAUACAGUACGUGUUAAGUAUGUACGUCUGAAAACUUGCUUUUUGGCUUUGGUUUUUACUAAACUCAGCCAUACGAGACAAUUUGUCCGCAGUCACGACAAACAUAUUUCACUUUAUUCUUUAUUACUGCCGUUGUGACAUUGAUUUUUUGCCUUUCUCUGUGUUACGUACACUUUAAACACUACAUUGGAAUCCAAAUACCAGUGGUUUGAGAUACAGUAACAGGACAGUAUUUAUGAUGAAGACAUUUGAAGGAAUGUAGUGCCUUGAACAUUGAUUUAUAGAUUACUUUUUUUUCUUCCUCUGUGAAACAAAGCAUGUCUGCAUCCAAGUUAUUUUUAUUUAAUGGUAGCUUGAGUGCAGUCUCUUAUUUUUAAUGCAUUACAGACACUUUUGUUUUUGGUUUACAUAUGAAUGCCCUUGUAGAACUGCACUAUUAACACAGUAUAUGCUCUUAUUUAAAUAAUAAAAUCAUGUUUUAACCCUUGUUUACUUUCCACCCCUGUGACAGAUGGAAUGCCAUAGUGGUGAGACGUACCGUUGCCUUGCAGAAACAAAUGGUUAAUGUACAACUGACGAGAGAAGGAAAAAAAAAAAUUUAACGCCAGCAGCCAAAUCAACUCUUUCAGGUCAAAUGGUUCAGGCGGACACAGCCUCUUUUUGAUAGGACAACUGAUGCGCUGGACAGCACAAGAGCUGGCAUUGUUGUAGCCUUGUGCUCAGGAGAAAGGCGGUGUCCAGAGCCAUGUAUACUGUACAUAGCUCUUUCUACAGUAUAUGCCUCUGGUAGUGUUCUGAUUAGAAUGUAGCAAUUAAUAUGUGAAGGCUUUGAGGCUUAAAAGUGCAAUUUAACCCCUCCACAAAGCUUUGAUCGUGGCCUUGCCACAAGCCUUAUCUCUGAUGUGUGCGACAGGAGCAAGCUGAAAAAGUUGAACAAAGUUACAAACCAACCAAGCAACCAACCGACAAGUUACCGGGCAAAGUUUAAAGCAUCACAAACAGACAAGUCACUACUGCUACAAGUUCUUUCAACUCGGCUAUCCUAUUACUCAGCAUACACUAUAUGUGAAAUGUUUUGUGCAAUCACCAGUUAAGUCUGAUGUUUUUUAAAUUAUUUGAUGUUUAUAGCUUGAUUUUUUUUUUUUUU